UGAAUGCUUCGCGAUCGCUCGAAAUCUCAGAACGCUCAUGGCCGCGGUCAAGGUCAUAAAACACACUCCUUUCGUUCCCCGUCUACCAAAGGAUGUCCCACUCCCACCAAGUCCUGCAGAAUCAACAAGUCCACCUCCCCCGGUGAAGAAGAAAACCAGAAAGAGCAAAACGAAAGAGAAGGAGAAGGAGAAAGUUAAGGAGGGCGUACAGGGGAUAAAGAGACAGGGAGAACAGGAGAAGGGGAACGCGAACGCACAACGCGAAAACGAGAUGCCACAACCAGAGCCAUUGAAACCUCUGGCAUGGGCAUCCCUGACUGAUUCGAACUCUAACUCACAUCCACCAAUAUUCACGAAAGACGGGAGCCACUUCUUUUCUAUCGUCAGGGAAAGAAUCAAGAUACAUUCUACAUUAUCUGGCAAGGUCAUUUCUACACUACCGGGACCACAGGAUGAGGGUCACCAAGAUGUCAUCACAUCUGCAAUACUCAGUGCAAACAACGCAUUCCAGCUUAUCACCGUAUCUCUGGAUGGUACUAUCAAAGUGUGGGAUUUCCUCGAAGGCAUAUUGUUGCAUACGAUCAAUCUCGAACAGCCUAUCCAUCACGUGUGCGGGCAUGAAAAGAUAAAAGAUUACGUUUUUGUCGCUACUGCGAAAGCGAAGAAGAAGGGAAUUAGUGAUGGUGAUGAGCAGCAAAAACCAAACCGGUCUGCAAAGACUUCUACUGAGGAGAGCUGCAUCAUCUUGCGUGUGUCGCUCAAGCCACAAAAUCCUGCUUCAGGCGCGAAGUGGCACAAGUCAUCUCAGAUCACGCCAGUUGGCAAGACCAGGUAUACGGCUGGGCUUGCUGUAUCUGCAAGCGGUGAAUGGUUAAUUGCGGUCGCUGGUCAUAAGGCCUAUGUUGCACAAAUGUCUGCACUGAAGUCUGGAUUUACAAAAUACGUUUCACCCGAGGCAUUGACAUGUUUGGCUGUCCAUCCAUUAGAGGACUAUUUUGCAACGGGCGACGCAAAGGGUGUCGUACGAUUAUGGUACUGCUUGAACCAGGGCAGGCCAGCAGUUGCUAACGUAGAAAAGCGAUCGCAAACGUCUGAGCUUCACUGGCAUGCCCAUGCGGUUUCAUCUGUUGCAUUCACGACGAAUGGGGCAUAUUUACUAUCUGGUGGUGAAGAAGCUGUUCUUGUCAUAUGGCAGCUGCACUCUGGAAAGAAAGAGUUCGUGCCCCGAGUUGGCUCCCCCAUCAAAAGUGUUGUGGUCUCGCGCAGUUCUGCUGCUGAAGAAGAGUACCUUAUGGGACUGGCAGAUGCAAGUUUUGCAUUCAUUAGUUCUGCCACGCUCAAGCUAUCGCGAGUUUUUUCUCGUAUAAAACUAGACUCCGUCACGUCAAGUGCCAGGGCGUCCUCAUCAUCUGCCACACCACUUGCAGUUCACUCGUUGUCAUCGACACUUGUUCUUCCCUCUUCCCAUCCUUCUUCACUACAAACCUAUUCCCCUUCGUCAUCCAUGCUCGUUGCAGAGUUGGAGGUGUCGCCUUCGAAUCGAGUGUCAAGACAAGAAGAAAAAAUGUUAGAGCCCUCACGAGUAGAACGCGUGGUAAUCUCACCGUCAGGAGAGUGGAUGGCAACUAUCGACCGGCGGGAAGGAGAUGAAUCAUUCCGUGGCGAGAUAUACCUCAAGAUAUGGUGGUGGGACAAGAAGUCCGCUUUUUGGAUAUUGAAUACCAGGGUAGACCGGCCACAUAGCUUGAACAAGGUCACCUCUAUGUCUUUUAGUCCGUCCGAUGAAAACUGGCUGGUGACCACUGGUGAGGAUAAAAAUGUCAAAACUUGGAGAAUACGGAGUACGAAGGAUAAGAAGGGCAAUGUAGAAGUUUCCUGGACCUCAAGAUCGUCUUUUGGUUUCCGUCUUGAAAUGCCCAGAGACUCGGCUUGGUCUCCAGAUGGCUCUCUUCUGGCUGUUGCACUCGAUGGCUCUGUAGCGUUGUAUGAUUCAAUAUCGAAUGCACUUCACUUCACCAUCGUGUGUUCAGAAUGCCCAAAAAUAUCGUCCAUACAUUUCAUUGGGCAUCAUGGCCAGUAUAUCGCGGUUCUUGGCGGCCCCAAUCUUGUUAUCUGUGAUAUUAUUAAUCGCUCUGUACGUUGGCAUCGUCGGCACAAGCACGCUUAUGUCACUCUUGUACCUCACCCUUACCAAGAUACCUUUGCAACGAUACAUCGUUCACCAUCAGACACGAUUAAUGAACUCAUGGUCUACUCCCUCUCGUCGUCGACUCCCCUGCUCUCACAAAGGUUACCGUUCGGGAUCCGGAAUUUAGUUUGGUACCCCGCUCCAAAUCACGUCGCUCGCAGCCGGACGUUUUCCCUUGUGGGAAUUACACAUGCUUUUGGUGUCGUGCUUCUAGGGCACGACAUCAGCAUAGCCAAUGAGGCAAGUUUGUCGACGAAAGCUCUCCAGAAAGGGCUGGCUGUACCCAAGCGGUCCCUCUUCGAGGAGAUGUUUGGUGUACCGGCUCUUACCGACAUGUCUCACAAUGCUGUCUCGUCGACAAUCGAUACCUCCCUUCCCUGGAAAAGCAGUGAAACGGGAAGUGUCUUUGAUGCCCCUGCUUAUCUCAUGCCGCCGAUGGAAAAUCUGUUUGAGCCGUUGAUCAACGGCUUCCUCAAGCUGCGGCUGAAGGAAAACGUGGACGAAGAGCAUCAGAGUGGCAUCCAAGGUGUUCCUGAUGAAAUAACCACUGAACCCAUGGACAUCGAAGAGCCCGCUUUUAUAGAGAUGGGCAAAGUAUCAAAUAAUGACAUCCUUGACACAUUUAUACCAUUCUUUAAGGACAUUGCAGGUCUACCUGAUUAUCCGUUCCAUUCUGACACCCGUCCGGUCGCAGUGACACUCCCAAGUACUCCAUCUUCCAACCAUGCGAAACCUGCACCCCGAACAGUCACUUCCCAAAAGCUGAACCCUAAUGUAUCCUCCAAAAAGCAAGCUUCCACGCCCUCUGUGCCAGCCAAGACUGGAAAAAAAAGAAGUAGACAUUCUCUAGCUUGAAUAUAAAAUAUCUAUUAUUGGGUACAAGGUGUAAUUCACCCAACCGCGUGGAUCUCAUUGAGAUUGUUGUUUCAGCACAUCGCAUUUUAUUUUUAAGCCGUUGUUGCAUUUUAACGCUUUUUCGCAUCUCUA